CGGCAGGCGACGGGGCGCCGAGCAGCAGGAGACAUGUUUCACAUUCCGGAGAGCGAGGGCGGCCGAGCCGGCUCCAGGGCCAUGAAGCCUCCGGGAGGAGCAUCGAGUGAUCUUUUCGGAAGUCCAGAAGAAGGUGUGCCUUCAAGCCGACCCAACAGGAUGGCAUCAAAUAUUUUUGGACCAACUGAAGAACCUCAGAACAUUCCUAAGAGAACCAACCCCCCAGGGGGGAAAGGAAGUGGUAUCUUUGAGGAAUCAACGCCUGUGCACACUUCACAGCGUCUGAACCCACCUGGUGGGAAGACUAGUGACAUUUUUGGGUCGCCAGUGACUGCCACUUUACCCUUGGCACACCCAAACAAACCCAAGGACCACGUGCUCUUAUGUGAAGAAGACCCAAAAUUGGACCUUAAAGCUGCAACAAGCACCUUGUCCAGAGAAGAGCUGGGUGAGAAAGGUGGUCCAAGAGAAGCAGCAGACCGUGCUCAGGAGCCCCAGCCCACGCCCACUGUUGACAGCCAUGAGCCCAGGUUGGGCCCACGGCCUCGAUCUCACAACAAAGUCCUGAAUCCACCUGGAGGCAAAUCCAGCAUCUCUUUCUACUAGAGAAGCUAUUGCUUCCCCUGUAGCCAGAUAAGAAACUCAGAAGAUAGCAUUUCAAAUAGUUUCCUUUAGUCCAGAGGAAUAGGGGGUGGGAGAGGGUCUGUUGCGUAUCUGAAGCCACUGCUCAGGUUCCAUUGCCACCGUGGGAGCUGCAGAGGACCUCACCUUCCAGACUGCUGAGAAACAUAUCUUUGUGAGAGGAAAAUGUGACUCCUUGAUGAACUCUGUAAUUUUGGAUGUGAGAGGAACUCUCAGAUGCGUUGGGUGGGGGGCUGGUGCAAGGCCACGGGAGCCUGAUGAAGUGGGGUCUUCCAUGUCCUCAUUGCAUUGGCAGUCUGCCAGCCAGUUGGGUAUCUAAAAAUCACUUAACAUAGUAGCAGAGUUUAAAGCCUUAGAAAGAAAUCCAGAAACCUUGAGAAUAAGCCAAAAAGUUGUUCUAAGUCUUACACUCUACAGAGAGAUUUUUACCCUGAUCCUCUGGGGUGAUCUGAUAGGAAUCUGCCUUUCACUCAGGAGGGACUGGUCUUUGUCUAUUCACAGACUGGUUUUGCUUGUGAAUUGUUUCUUUUUUUCUCCCAUUCCUAAGUCUGCCAGCUUUUACCAAUGGUGUGGACAGUUCCUCUGUCUGCAAGGCCCACUGACUUCUGCAAGGCUAAAACAAUCCAGAUAUAUCCAGGAAAUUGAGUUAUUUCAAUCCUUCAUGUGUGUUACUUUAUUCCUGUUGACAUUGGAUAGAAGAGGUGCUUGAGAGCCUUGGAUUCUUAGGUUUGAAUUCUUUCAUAAUACCUAAAGAGCUAUUCUUAAACAGCAGCUUUACAUAAGUGACUAUUGACUGGUCUAUUUCUGACACCUUUCUAGAAAAAAGUUACUCAGGUAUACCAAAGAAGAGUUUGCUUAGGCCACCCUUUAUAAAUCUCUGCAGAAACUCUGGAGUGUAUUCCUUUUUGGAAGAGACUUGGAAACCUUAGGCGUACGAGAUUUACUGGUUUGUCAGCAAAGUCCCAACUGUCCAUUCAAGUUGCUUUACAUCAGGCAGAAGUUUCUUGAAUUCAGCCUCUUAAGGGGAAUAGUCUCCAUUCACUCAUGUUGGGCCAAUAGUCAAAAGAAGAAAGUGUGGUAGUGACUUUUGUUACAAGUACGUACAGAGCAAAUGCCACGUGGUAGAAAUGUCUUCAUUAACUAAAAUUGAGGAAAGAAACAGCUGUGUUUAGUUACAGUCACAGUGGCUGAGACAUUAAGUGCCUGCAGGAGCUGCCUGCCAAACCCCACUUCUUACACAUGGCACAUGGAGGGGAUCUGCAUGUGGCUUUGUGAACCAAAGAGUUUCCCUCCUUUCAGUUGUCCUUCUGACUUUGGAGCCAAGAAAUACACAUUCCAUUUGACUUUAUCAAGUACUUCCUGUCUUCAUGCAUCAAAUAGUCAUUUUUUAAAAAGCUAUUUGGAAUUCAGGCCUUUUUUUUCCCCCCAUUAAAAAAUGUCAUACGUGAUGGUUAGCUUUUAAGGCCAAAUAUACUAAGUUGUUUAACUUACAAUGAAAUGUGCUAAUGGUAGAAAUGAGCUGCCAUUUAUAAGUGCAUUUUGUCUUUCACAUACAAGAAAAUGAUUUGUGAAUUCCAAACUGGGUUGCUAGGAAGAACCCUGACGUUGUACUGCUUGCCCUUGUGGCUUCACCCCCACUGUCAGCCCAGUGAGAGGAAGAACUCCAGUUCCGUCCACUGGCAGGGAUUUCUGGGGUGGACGUGGGAGAAACUGAAGAUGAGAAGCCCGGGGGGAUGAGGACAACAUGAGCUAUAGCAAGAGCCUCUGGGCAGCAGUGACAACUCCAGCCUUUACUCUUCUCAUCUUUUCCCUCUUUUUCCUCCAUGGAGCAUAGGAGUAGGUUUAGAGUGCCUGGGCAGUCUGGUCACUCGGAGAAGCAGAAGAGGAGUUUCUGUUCCUGUGAGCCUGUUGGGGAUGGUCAUCUGUAUUUGGAAAAUGCUCUAUACAUUAGGGCUGUAUUUGGAAGAUUGAUUAACUAUUAGCAUUCUGUUCUCAGCCUCUGAGCUGCAUUGAGAAAUUACCAGUCUGUGUUUUUAUUAAGCCUUAAAACUUUAUGUGCAUUUGGUGCCAACUUUUUUCUAGAGCUGUAUCAAAAACAACACACCUGUACUUACAUGACAAUGUAAUUUUGAUAACAUUUUGUUAUUUUCACAAGGCAGAAUUGGGUAUAACAGUUGAAUUAAACUUAGUAAUCAUGCA